CAACAAUCAGCCCUGUUGAUCCAUUUUAAACGCCUCCAGAAUCCGCUGAACCUGCCUGCUGUGUUCACACCUGUGCAGAACAGGGCUGGAUGCUGAUUGGCUGUUACCAUGUGGCGCACCUGUGUCAGGAAGCACCUGCAUUUAUCCUCGUUUAUUCUGGGUUUUCUUUUCCUUUAAUUUGUCACCCAGUGUUUACAGCAGAGUGGGGAAAAAAAAAAUCAUCCACCCUCCCCAUCCGGCUUCACCUGCUCCUCCUACAGGCUAGCCGGGCUAAGCUGUCGCUGUAGUCCGGAGCCGAAGCCCUGCUGGGUCGAAGCCCCGCUCGGAACCUGCCGUUGGAUGAACCUCCACCCGGAAAAGAGGAGAAACCGCCUAUAUGGACGCUUCUUCUCCGCCUGUGACGGCGUCGCGGCCAGCUAGUGAGCAGCCCGCAGCUAGCUGCAGCUAGCGGCUCCGCUGGCUAACCAUCCCGGCUAGCUCGAGGAUUUAACUCGGCUUUUCUCGCCUUCUUUAAGCCCGUUUCCGUGUCAUGCUAUCGGCUGCUUAACCGAGUCAGGCUGGGCAUGCUUAGCGGGGAGCUGCGGGUCCUCCGAGCCUAGCAGCAGCAGGCAGCGGCAGAUAACGCGACCGUGUCCGGGUGGUGCUCCGGGAGGAGGAUGGCAUUUCACGGCGCAGGCCGGCAGACCGUGUGUGGAGACCUAUUUCCGGGCUCUGAGCUGGGCCACAAGUAUUUCUGCGUGAGCUCCUCCUGCGGAGCCCCCUCCACGGGCCUCAGCGCCACACCGUGCCUCACCGGACCCACCGCCCCGGCAGGGACCCCUCGUCACCCCACAGCCCUCGGAGGAAGCACCGGCGGCGGCGCGGCGGUGCCUCAGCCCUACAGCAACCCAGCCAGCGAGGUGCCGAGCCCCGCAGAGAUGGAGCCAGACCGACCCAUCGGUUAUGGCGCAUUUGGAGUUGUUUGGUCUGUGACCGAUCCUCGGGACGGCCGGAAGGUGGCUUUGAAGAAGAUGCCCAACGUCUUCCAGAACCUGGUCUCCUGCAAGAGGGUCUUCAGAGAGCUGCGGAUGCUGUGCUUCUUCAAACACGACAAUGUUCUGUCGGCUCUGGACAUUCUGCAGCCUCCGCAGAUCGACUGCUUCGAGGAGAUCUACGUGAUAACAGAGCUGAUGCAGAGCGACCUCCACAAAGUGAUCGUGUCUCCUCAGCCGCUCACCACGGACCACAUCAAGGUCUUCCUCUACCAGAUCCUCCGAGGUUUGAAGUACCUGCACUCCGCUGGGAUCCUGCACAGAGACAUCAAACCCGGAAACCUGCUGGUCAACAGCAACUGCCUGCUCAAGAUUUGUGACUUCGGCCUGGCGCGUGUGGAGGAGCCCGACCCGUCACGUCACAUGACGCAGGAGGUGGUAACUCAGUACUACAGGGCGCCGGAGGUGCUGAUGGGCUGCCGGCACUACAGCUCAGCCAUCGACGUGUGGUCGGUGGGCUGCAUCUUCGCCGAGCUGCUGGGGCGACGCAUCCUCUUCCAGGCUCAGAGUCCCAUUCAGCAGCUGGACCUGAUCACCGACCUGCUGGGAACGCCGCCUCUGUCGGCCCUGGCAGCGGCCUGCGAGGGCGCCCGGGCCCACAUCCUGAGGGGGCCGCACAAACCGCCGUCGCUGUCGGUGCUCUACAUGCUGUCUGACGGAGCGACCCACGAGGCCGUGCACCUCCUCUGCCGGAUGCUGGUCUUUGAUCCGGCCAAGAGGAUUUCGGGCAGCGACGCCCUCUCCCACCCUUACCUGGAUGAAGGGCGUCUGCGUUACCACACCUGCAUGUGUCAGUGCUGCUACUCCGUCCCCAGCGGGCGAGUUUACACCCGGGACUUUGAGCCGGUCGCUGAGCGUCCGUUCAGCCACAGCUACGAGAACAGCCUGCUGUCAGUGUGGCAGGGGAAAGAGUUGAUCCAUCGCUUCAUCACGGAGCACCAGCAGGGCAAACGGGUGCCGCUGUGCAUCAAUCCUCAGAGUGCUGCCUUCAAGACUUUCAUCAGGUCCACUGCGUGGCACUCCUCUAAGGUGUCCAGGAAGGAGGAGAGAUGAACGGCGCUCCUCUGCAUCUCGAGGAGCGACGGCAGUUUGAGAGGGGAUUUCAUUGGCUGUGGCAUCUGAAAGCACUGAAGAGUUUGGGUCAUCUUUUCUUCUUCUUCCUUUUUGUUUUUUGUUUUUUUCCCUUCACCUGGAGGAGACCGUCACACCCGCCCACACCAGGACCUCGUGAAAAACCUCAAAUAUUUCCUCCCCCGUGAUUCGACCCAAACUUCUGACGCUCGGCGUUUUUCGGUGCUGAACUUAAAAAAAAAAAAAAAAAAAAAAAAAAAAAAAAAGCUGCUGACGUGAGACACAGGAAGUGGACUGGAUUUGGAUUUUCAUGUGUUCGUAGAGACUUUAAAGAUUUUAACUGUUUGGUAGAUUCGAUGCUUAGUUGAUGUUUGAAGUCAUUCCAGCCCUGUGCAAUACGGAUUCAUUCGAAAAGGCGAUAAACACGGUGGGGGGCGGGGCUGCCUACGAUGUAAUGGGUUGGUCGGUAUGACAUCAUCGCCCGCCAAACAUCGCCAAGGUCUUUGUUUCCUUUCUUUAUAAAUACCACAUCACUCACUGUGUUUUCACCUCGCGGCGUCUUCAUGGCGGCCGCGUGGUGAUGAUAAUGCAAUUUCACAGAUGUAGCAGGUUUUAACCAACAGGUGUUUCUGCACACACGGUUACCUUUGCCCCCCCCACCCCCCGGCGAGCUGUUCGGUUCUUGUGUUUGACCACCCUUCUCCCUCGUCCAGCAGGAGUUUAAUCAGGAAUUCAUCGUCCUCAGUUUCAUUUCUCCAGGCUGUGUGGUGGCAGACUCUUAUUUUGAAAAGGACGACAGGAAAUUGUGACUGCUUUGAGUCGUCUGAUGCGGUGUUCUGAUCAGAAAGAGAUAUCUGCAGAUAUGUGGCAGCUUCUCCCCUAAUGCGGACUUUUCCCUCCCGUCUCAGCGUGUGUUCUGACACUUCCCCGCUCGCCUCCUCCGCCCUCGCUAACAGGAAGAGGAAGUGACGGUGACGUUUUCUUUUAAUUUAUUGAGUGUUUGACAGGGGUGUGUCUCCACCGUGGCAGGUUACCUCAAUCCAAGGAAAAAUAAAAGCCUCUAUAAAAAGAAUAAACUGGAGGGGAAAUGAAACCACUUUCCCCAUCAUUCCUCCAGAUUCAGUGACUUUUACCUCGUGCUCGCUCUGAGUCGGUGUGGACGGGACGCUGUGGGUGAAAUGCUGCUGGGUUUUUUUUGUUUUUUUUGUUUGUGUUUUCCCGUGUCAGGCGGAGGCUCAGGUGUCCUCAUAGAUGAACUGCGUGAAACCACAAAAGGAGGCGGCGGUGUUACCCCGGUGUGCUAACGGGACGGCAGCGGUGCGUUUCCUCCACCACCCAGGAGCCUAAAGGUCCCAAGAACCCAGGAACCGUCCUUCAGCCCUGUAAUCGGGUUCCCACAUCUAAAUCUGAGAGAACUCAGUUCCUUUACUAAACUCUGGAAGCUCAGAUUUGUUUUUCCUGAGUGUGAUCUGAAGUGUUUGUCAGGAUGAAAAUGAGUCUUUCCAGCUUCCCUCUUUAGUUUUUUCUUUCUAACACUUGUUUUCAGCCGCAGGAAGUGCUGCGCUAAAUGGCACUUGUGCAUGGUGUAAAACGCGCUGCAGAAGUGCCUUAAACCUGCGUUCUUCCUAAUGGCCAGCAGGGGGCGACUCCUAGCUGCAGGAAGGGUUAGUUGUAGAGAAGCGCGUCGCUCUGCGAACAUUUUCCUGUUUGUGGUCUCAGCUUCUCGUCUGAAUAAAACAUGAAGGAGAUUCGUAGUUUAUGGUUGUCAUGGUGAUCUGAGGCUCAGCGGGAUGUGCCGUUUUCAGUCAGAUCGUUCCCGCCUAAAAGCACGAGUGAAAAACGGGACUUCACUAACCAAACGGCGUCUGCAGCAGCAACAUCCAUCUUUUAAAUGCAGUGUGCUCGUCGUCUCCUUGUGGCCAAAAUGAGAAUUACAAAAACAUCAGAUGGAGGAUUCGGAGCUGGGAUCUUCAGGAAGUGGCUGAAGGGAGUUUCUGGGCUUUGUUUGGACUCCUGUGGAGGAAACGCAGAUAAAUGACCCCAGUUCCUCAAAAGGCUUUUGGUCCUGCGGUGGGAACAAGACCGAAAAUAUGCACGAGGAUUUUCAGAGUAAAAGCUCCCGAUUUAUCUUGUACCGCUCCAUCCUGUGUCGGCCGCAGACAGGAAGCGGAGUCGUAUGUUUGUAGCUUCAAAACCAUUAAAAACGUUGAAGCGUCGACGAUCAGCGGUGCCUGAUGCUCACGGCUCUCCUGAAGUGUGAUUGGUCGCAAGCCUUCAGUCUGAGGGGCCCGCUGGUGGUUUUGGUAACGCGCUAAACGGAAGGUUUCACCUUGAAAAUAAGCAGACGCCGCUUUAGCCGCUGUUUCACACGCGAGAGGCGCCUGUUUAACACGGAAGCAGAUUUUACUGUGUGUGUGAAAUCAGCAGAUUAAUCAUCCUGAUGUUCUCAGUAGUUGAUGAAUAAUUUCAGUUUCUCAUUUUGUUGUAAAGAAAAAGGAAAAAUCGCAUCAGGAAGCAGCAGGUUGACGUCUGUGAUCACACCUGUGGCUGAGCAGGCGUGUCAUCCAUCAGCCUGGUUCUGAUUGGAGAUUGGCAGCCCCUCCCCCACCUAUUUAGUGCCGUGUGACUGCAAAGAAGCUUUUUAGGAUCUCUGAGGGUCGACGAAGCAGCCCAAGUUUGUUUGUUUUUGGUCGUUUCACGAACUUUGCGAUGUGAAGACUCGGCGGGAACCCACAGCUCGCGGUGCCUCGCUUCCUGGGUUCGGUGGGAUCAGGCGCCGGGCGUCCGCGCCGCUCCUGCGCCCUCCUGGUUUCUUUAAACUUUCUUGGAACCCCUGAAACCUCAGCUUGCGUCGCCGUGGAAACGCGGAGGGCGACUUGUAUAUCUGCAUGUGUAUAUUUAUUACCCCGCGGAGAGCGUUUGGGUCUGAAUGCUGUGCAAUGGUUGAGUUUGUCGAAGAUGACGAAAACCUUUUGUGGUCGUUUUAUUUAAUUCAUCUUUAGGAAGUGAUUUUAUUAGCAGGCUUUUAUUUUGUUUUUGUUUGUUGUGAUCGAAUUAGAUUUUUUUGGGGGGUUUUCUUUGUUUUUAUGCGAGUCCGGAGACGAGAACGUUUACACAACAACAACAACAACACGUGUGCAGCUCUGUCUGACUUCAGUCACAUGACCGGAACGCUGCUGCUGGUUGGUUUGUCCUGCAGAGGAAUUCUGUGUGAAGACCUUUGACCUUAACCUCGAAGGCGUUUCCUUCCACCUCACGCCCAACUUUUCCUCAGCACAGGCUCGGCUGUGUGACGACAUUGUUCAUCAUGAAGCUUCUUUCUUGGCCUCCUUAUAAAUUACGAGCACGGACAGAUUGGUGGCACCGGAGCGUCGUCAGGAGGUCGUGUGAUUGGUUCGUUUCUUUGUUAGCGUUGAGCGCCGCAGACGUCUGCAGGUUGUUACAGUAAACUCAAUAACUGUGGAAAACGGCCGUUUAGGAGACUUAAAGAAAAGUCAAGGAAACAAUUUUGUGUUCUUAAAAAAACGAAGUUUAUUUUUGGCGGUGUGAUCGUGAGGCUCGUCAGGUAAACCUGUCACUCGUCCAGAGACUCACACUUUUGUUUGUAUUGACCAAUCAGGUCCGAGCAGCCUCGGGUUGCUUGCAGGUAAACAAAGCGACCAUCAUGUGAUGUAAAUAUCAUGCAGCACGUUUCCUGCUGCAGAUUGGGUCACAAAUCCUAUUUCUGUGAGUUUCUGUUAAAGGUCGAUGAUGAAUGGGUCGUUUCUCCAGCCUGCAGAUGUUCAGCAGAUGUUCGCAGCGACUAAAAGUGCAACUCUGACUUCAGAGAGACGCGCGGUCACUCGGCCGUUUUCCCUCCGGACUCGUCUCUUUCCUCGUUUCUGUCGUCGUGGUCGUAGCGGUCCUUCCAGCUUAGGCGACCCGUGUUUGGUCUUUCCCUCCCUGCACUGUUCUCAGAUCAGCCGUCGGGUGAAGCGGAGCGAGGCGGCUGCUCUGCUGUAGAGAUUAGACUCGUUUUUCUUCUAUGAAAAGAAACUUGAUGUGUUGAUUAUUCUAAAUAUGAUGUUUUAAAAAGAUGUUUGUCUUUGUUUUAGCAAAGUUUUUGGUUUUUUUGACUUGUGUUCCCAACAAAUACUUGAAUUUCUUAAAAAAAUGUUUAGAGUUAAAGUAGUGAAUGACAGAUACAUAAAUAAAUGGACACUGGAUAAAACUCUG